AUGGAACAGCAAAGGAAAUUAUGUGAUCGCAAAUGGCCCAUUAUGGCUUACCAUGGCUUUGUGAAGAACAUAAUGUCAAAUGGUCGCAAAGGAUUUACUAUGGCUUACAGUGGCCCAACGAAGAACGUUACACGAAAUGGUCAAGAAGAACCUAUAACAACAGCUGAAGGUGUAACAACAGGAGCUACUGGAACUGUACAAACAACAACAAGUAUUCCAACAACAAAGACAACAACAAGAAUUGUAACGUAUUCUGAAACAACACCAUCCCAAUCAACACAAACUAGUCCAACGACACCAACAGAACCUAUAACAACAGCUGGAGGUAAAACAACAGGGGCUACUGGAACUGUACAAACGACAACAAGUAGUCCACAAACUGAGACAACUACAAGAGCAAUAACUCAGUCGGAAACACCAUCUCAAUCAACAACAACUAGUACAACUACACCAACAACAACAAGUAUUCCACAAACUGAGACAACUACUAGAGUCAUAACUCAGUCUGAAACUCCAUCCCCAUCAACACAAACUAGUCCAAAUACACCAACAGAACCUAUAACAACAGCUGGAGGUAAAACAACAGGGGCUACUGGAACUGUACAAACGACAACAAGUAGUCCACAAACUGAGACAACUACAAGAGUAAUAACUCAGUCGGAAACACCAUCCCAAUCAACAACAACUAGUACAAGUACACCAACAACAACAAGUAUUCCACAAACUGAGACAACUACUAGAGUUAUAACUCAGUCUGAAACUCCAUCCCCAUCAACACAAACUAGUCCAAAUACACCAACAGAACCUAUAACAACAGCUGGAGGUAAAACAACAGGGGCUACUGGAACUGUACAAACGACAACAAGUAGUCCACAAACUGAGACAACUACAAGAGCAAUAACUCAGUCUGAAACUCCAACUCAAUCAACAACAACUAGUACAACUACACCAACAACAACAAGUAUUCCACAAACUGAGACAACUACAAGAGUAAUAACUCAGUCUGAAACUCCAUCCCUAUCAACACAAACUAGUCCAAAUACACCAACAGAACCUAUAACAACAGCUGGAGGUAAAACAACAGGGGCUACUGGAACUGUACAAACGACAACAAGUAGUCCACAAACUGAGACAACUACAAGAGUAAUAACUCAGUCUGAAACUCCAACUCCAUCAACAACAACUAGUACAACUACACCAACAACAACAAGUAUUCCACAAACUGAGACAACUACUAGAGUCAUAACUCAGUCUGAAACACCAACUCCAUCAACAACAACUAGUACAAAUGCACCAACAACAACAAGUAUUCCACAAACUGAGACAACUACAAGAGUAAUAACUCAGUCUGAAACACCAUCCCCAUCAACACAAACUAGUCCAAAUACACCAACAGAACCUAUAACAACAGCUGGAGGUAAAACAACAGGGGCUACUGGAACUGUACAAACGACAACAAGUAGUCCACAAACUGAGACAACUACAAGAGUAAUAACUCAGUCUGAAACUCCAACUCCAUCAACAACAACUCGUACAACUACACCAACAACAACAACUAUUCCACAAACUGAGACAACUACAAGAGUAAUAACUCAGUCUGAAACACCAUCCCCAUCAACAACAACUAGUACAACUACACCAACAACAACAAGUAUUCCACAAACUGAGACAACUACAAGAGUCAUAACAUAUUCCGAAACAACACCAUCCCCAUCAACACAAACUAGUCCAACUACACCAACGGAACCUACACCAACAGGUGGAACACCAUCAACAGGAAUAGAAACAACUGUCGAGUUUACUAAAACUACCAGAAGAGAAAGUACAAGUUUCGGUACAACAGGAUUAAUAUCAACAGAGGGAACAACCGAACCAGUAACAACUGCUGGUGGUACCACGGCAGCGACGACUAGGCGUCAAACAACACACAUGAAAACAACAAAUGUCAAAACAUUACCUGAAACAACAACAAAACCAAUGAAAACAACUCACACAAUACCAAGAUCAACCACAACGCCUUCCUCAACAACAAGUGAAUCAACUAUUGCUAUUACUACAACAGGCCCUACCACACCAUCGACACAAACAACUGGAACCAGUGUCGUAACAACUCCAAGUGUUAGUAGUUCUGUAUCGACACAACCUACUACUACAACUAUCACUACGACACCAUCGUCAACUACAGAAACUACUGUCAUAACAUCUGAAACUACACCAAGAGUUUCUUCAACAACAACCGUUUUGACAACAACAGAGUGCGUUAAAGUCAUGUUGGAUGGAGCACAACCAUCUGAUAUCACAGUAGAAAGUUCUUCUAAUGCUCCAGGGGAUCUACCAUCAGAUUCACAGAAACCAAAAGGAUGGAGUCCAGCUGAUACAGACGAAAACCCUAAACUUAUCUUUAAGAUAAACGAUGAAGAUGAUACAUCACAAUUGUACUCCAUAACUUUUGAUGAAACCAAUGUUGAAUCUGUAAUUGUGAAAAUUAAACAGGAUACAACUGUAAUAGAUAGAAUACCUGUUGACAACUUUGACAGUCCUAUCAGUCUAGGUGGAAAACCUGGAAACAUCAUCGAAUUGAUUAUUAAACCAGACACUACUGAUGAGACACCAACCAUUAGUAAUGUGGUUAUUAAGGCAUGUUUCGAAGAGAUUGAAACAACUACUGCUAUUACUACAAAAGCCCCUACCACAUCAACGACACAAACAACUGGAACCAGUGUCGUAACAACACCAAGUGUUAGUAGUUCUGUAUCGACACAACCUACUACUACAACUAUUACUACAACACCAUCGUCAACUACAGAAACUACUGUCAUAACAUCUGAAACUACACCAAGAGUUUCAUCAACGACAACCGUUUUGACAACAACAGAGUGCGUUAAAGUCAUGUUGGAUGGAGCACAACCAUCUGAUGUCACAGUAGAUAGUUCUUCUAAUGCUCCAGGGGAUCUACCAUCAGAUUCACAGAAACCAAAAGGAUGGAGUCCAGCUGAUACAGACGAAAACCCUAAACUUAUCUUUAAGAUAAACGAUGAAGAUGAUACAUCACAAUUGUACUCCAUAACUUUUGAUGAAACCAAUGUUGAAUCUGUAAUUGUGAAAAUUAAACAGGAUACAACUGUAAUAGAUAGAAUACCUGUUGACAACUUUGACAGUCCUAUCAGUCUAGGUGGAAAACCUGGAAACAUCAUCGAAUUGAUUAUUAAACCAGACACUACUGAUGAGACACCAACCAUUAGUAAUGUGGUUAUUAAGGCAUGUUUCGAAGAGAUUGAAACAACUACUGCUAUUACUACAAAAGCUCCUACUACAUCAACGACACAAACAACUGGAACCAGUGUCGUAACAACUCCAAGUGUUAGUAGUUCUGUAUCGACACAACCUACUACUACAACUAUCACUACAACACCAUCGUCAACUACAGAAACUACUGUCAUAACAUCUGAAACUACACCAAGAGUUUCUUCAACAACAACCGUUUUGACAACAACAGAGUGCGUUAAAGUCAUGUUGGAUGGAGCACAACCAUCUGAUGUCACAGUAGAUAGUUCUUCUAAUGCUCCAGGGGAUCUACCAUCAGAUUCACAGAAACCAAAAGGAUGGAGUCCAGCUGAUACAGACGAAAACCCUAAACUUAUCUUUAAGAUAAACGAUGAAGAUGAUACAUCACAAUUGUACUCAAUAACUUUUGAUGAAACCAAUGUUGAAUCUGUAAUUGUGAAAAUCAAACAGGAUACAACUGUAAUAGAUAGAAUACCUGUUGACAACUUUGACAGUCCUAUCAGUCUAGGUGGAAAACCUGGAAACAUCAUCGAAUUGAUUAUUAAACCAGACACUACUGAUGAGACACCAACAAUUAGUAAUGUGGUUAUUAAGGCAUGUUUCGAAGAGAUUGAAACAACUACUGCUAUUACUACAAAAGCUCCUACUACAUCAACGACACAAACAACUGGAACCAGUGUCGUAACAACUCCAAGUGUUAGUAGUUCUGUAUCGACACAACCUACUACUACAACUAUCACUACAACACCAUCGUCAACUACAGAAACUACUGUCAUAACAUCUGAAACUACACCAAGAGUUUCAUCAACAACAACCGUUUUGACAACAACAGAGUGCGUUAAAGUUAUGUUGGAUGGAGCACAACCAUCUGAUGUCACAGUAGAUAGUUCUUCUAAUGCUCCAGGAGAUCUACCAUCAGAUUCACAGAAACCAAAAGGAUGGAGUCCAGCUGAUACAGACGAAAACCCUAAACUUAUCUUUAAGAUAAACGAUGAAGAUGAUACAUCACAAUUGUAUUCAAUAACUUUUGAUGAAACCAAUGUUGAAUCUGUAAUUGUGAAAAUUAAACAGGAUACAACUGUAAUAGAUAGAAUACCUGUUGACAACUUUGACAGUCCUAUCAGUCUAGGUGGAAAACCUGGAAACAUCAUCGAAUUGAUUAUUAAACCAGACACUACUGAUGAGACAACAACAAUUAGUAAUGUAGUAAUUAAGGCAUGUUUCGAAGAGAUUGAAACAACUACUGCUAUUACUACAAAAGCCCCUACCACAUCAACGACACAAACAACUGGAACCAGUGUCGUAACAACUCCAAGUGUAAGUAGUUCUGUAUCGACACAACCUACUACUACAACUAUCACUACAACACCAUCGUCAACUACAGAAACUACUGUCAUAACAUCUGAAACUACACCAAGAGUUUCUUCAACAACAACCGUUUUGACAACAACAGAGUGCGUUAAAGUCAUGUUGGAUGGAUCCCAACCAUCUGAUGUCACAGUAGAUAGUUCUUCUAAUGCUCCAGGGGAUCUACCAUCAGAUUCACAGAAACCAAAAGGAUGGAGUCCAGCUGAUACAGACGAAAACCCUAAACUUAUCUUUAAGAUAAACGAUGAAGAUGAUACAUCUCAAUUGUACUCCAUAACUUUUGAUGAAACCAAUGUUGAAUCUGUAAUUGUGAAAAUCAAACAGGAUACAACUGUAAUAGAUAGAAUACCUGUUGACAACUUUGACAGUCCUAUCAGUCUAGGUGGAAAACCUGGAAACAUCAUCGAAUUGAUUAUUCAACCAGACACUACUGAUGAGACACCAACAAUUAGUAAUGUGGUUAUUAAGGCAUGUUUCGAAGAGAUUGAAACAACUACUGCUAUUACUACAAAAGCCCCUACCACAUCAACGACACAAACAACUGGAACCAGUGUCGUAACAACUCCAAGUGUUAGUAGUUCUGUAUCGACACAACCUACUACUACAACUAUCACUACAACACCAUCGUCAACUACAGAAACUACUGUCAUAACAUCUGAAACUACACCAAGAGUUUCUUCAACAACAACCGUUUUGACAACAACAGAGUGCGUUAAAGUCAUGUUGGAUGGAUCCCAACCAUCUGAUGUCACAGUAGAUAGUUCUUCUAAUGCUCCAGGGGAUCUACCAUCAGAUUCACAGAAACCAAAAGGAUGGAGUCCAGCUGAUACAGACGAAAACCCUAAACUUAUCUUUAAGAUAAACGAUGAAGAUGAUACAUCACAAUUGUACUCCAUAACUUUUGAUGAAACCAAUGUUGAAUCUGUAAUUGUGAAAAUCAAACAGGAUACAACUGUAAUAGAUAGAAUACCUGUUGACAACUUUGACAGUCCUAUCAGUCUAGGUGGAAAACCUGGAAACAUCAUCGAAUUGAUUAUUCAACCAGACACUACUGAUGAGACACCAACAAUUAGUAAUGUGGUUAUUAAGGCAUGUUUCGAAGAGAUUGAAACAACUACUGCUAUUACUACAAAAGCCCCUACCACAUCAACGACACAAACAACUGGAACCAGUGUCGUAACAACUCCAAGUGUUAGUAGUUCUGUAUCGACACAACCUACUACUACAACUAUCACUACAACACCAUCGUCAACUACAGAAACUACUGUCAUAACAUCUGAAACUACACCAAGAGUUUCUUCAACAACAACCGUUUUGACAACAACAGAGUGCGUUAAAGUCAUGUUGGAUGGAUCCCAACCAUCUGAUGUCACAGUAGAUAGUUCUUCUAAUACUCCAGGGGAUCUACCAUCAGAUUCACAGAAACCAAAAGGAUGGAGUCCAGCUGAUACAGACGAAAACCCUAAACUUAUCUUUAAGAUAAACGAUGAAGAUGAUACAUCACAAUUGUACUCCAUAACUUUUGAUGAAACCAAUGUUGAAUCUGUAAUUGUGAAAAUCAAACAGGAUACAACUGUAAUAGAUAGAAUACCUGUUGACAACUUUGACAGUCCUAUCAGUCUAGGUGGAAAACCUGGAAACAUCAUCGAAUUGAUUAUUCAACCAGACACUACUGAUGAGACACCAACAAUUAGUAAUGUGGUUAUUAAGGCAUGUUUCGAAGAGAUUGAAACAACUACUGCUAUUACUACAAAAGCCCCUACCACAUCAACGACACAAACAACUGGAACCAGUGUCAUAACAACUCCAAGUGUUAGUAGUUCUGUAUCGACACAACCUACUACUACAACUAUCACUACAACACCAUCGUCAACUACAGAAACUACUGUCAUAACAUCUGAAACUACACCAAGAGUUUCUUCAACAACAACCGUUUUGACAACAACAGGUCAUUUCUUUGUCAUUUAUAUUUGUUUUUAUUUCGGUGUUGACGAGUACUGUCGGGUGUAA